GGUUCCAUCAUUCUUGAUCCUCGCGUGCUAAUAAAUUUCCUUUGUUCCACUCGUCAACUCUCAACACCAGCAAAGCCCUUCGACUAGGCAUGGCCGGCAACCGAAAACAACGCCAGUCAUCGCAUACUUAGGUGGAACAAACUGCCACAUCGUCUUUGAAGCAACCUUUCGCCGACCGUUCGUCAAUCGCAAUCAAUUGCCGUCGAAAAUCCAAGCCGUACGAUUCCCAGUCAAACACCGACUAGUGCUUCCCUCCUCGACGAUCCUUCCAUCGCGACAGGUCUUUUUGGACUUGUGAACGAAACACGAUUCUCUGCUCGCCGUGAUCUGUCUGGCCAAUACAGGGCAGGGUCCUGUGACUGUACACAUUUGGUGGCGUGGGAACCGUGGAGGAGAGCAGGUCUUCAAGGGAACUCUUUAAACCAAAACCCCCCCAGCUGUUAUCUGUGCCCAAGCCUCGUCGAUUGAUAGCCAGGCAGAACAAGAGAGGUUAGUUGAAAAGAGGGGAGACGGUAGCAGGGGAACAAGGGAGAAACACAACAGAAUAUUCUGACCUUACCGCUUCGUUUGUUAACUCUCUUGCCACACCCUGAAGACCACGUCGCGCAGUUCUGCCCUGCGGGACUAUAAUCAGUGAAAACACGUGCGAGGAUAGAGACAGAGCUGGGGAGGCUUUUUCUUGGUUGGGGCGUACGCGUUGAUAGACUUUUCCUUGCUCUACUUUAUUUUCUUCUCCGUCUCUUUUUCCUCCUUGACCAACCGGCAAGGUGUUGGGCCAGCCAGUUAUUAGCCGGCCAGAACGCUGGUCACAAUCUCCAUUGCAUACUGAAUUGCUCUGGGAAGCUGACUGACUGACUGACUUUUGCCGGCCUCUCUUGCAAACUGAACAUCCUGACUUUGACUUGCAACUUGUUCUACAUAUAUACACACUUUUCCAAAAAAAAAAAAAAAGCCCCUGCAAUGUCCGAAGAGGACCAUGCUGCCGGGGUGGCAGAGGAUUACAGAGAUGCGCUUGAAGGCCUAACAUCCAAUGCGCGCGUUGAGAUUAGCAACCUGACUCUCAUUGCUCGGGAGAACACCGAGUCUGCCCAUGCUAUUGCCGAGGUUCUCGUUGACCAUAUCAAACAAAUCCAUCCUCCACGGAAGCUGCCAGCCUUGUAUCUCCUCGACUCCAUCGUCAAGAAUGUGGGGACCCCAUAUACGCUCUUCUUUGGCCGGAAGCUCUAUCAGACCUUCAUGGAGGCCUAUGCAUCGGUCGACAACGCCACGCGCCGCAAGAUGGACGAGAUGCUCAAGACUUGGAAGGAGCCCGUUCCGGGUUCCCUAGAUACGCGCCCCGUGUUCCCACCCGAGGUUGUGCGUCCGAUAGAGAAUGCCCUCAUCAAGGCAAGGACGUCGGCGCUUCAGGCACAGCAGGAGCAGAUGCGCAACCAGCAUCACCUACUCGGGGGUCGUGGUAGGCCACCACCGCCAAUGAUGGCUCAGGGCAUGCCUUAUAGGGAGACUCCGACACCACCGGGAGUCAGGGGGCCGAACGGCUAUGGGCAGCCAUAUCCGCCGCCGAACGGGAGGGGUCCAGAGAAUCCAGCACACGGCCAAGCCUAUUCAACACCGCAGCCUCAUCACCAACAGGGGAUGCCGAUAUUAUCACAGUCGAUGCCCCAACCACCCCCAUCCGCACCUGCACAACUUCCCUUUGCACCACCACCGCAGGCACCUACACCAGACGGGAUAAGCAUAGAAGCCUUGAGUAAUGAUGUUUCGCAGCUCAUUGCUUCCACGCGCGCGGAAAUUGCUCGCAACCCGUAUGAUUCUUCCCAACAGCCCAAGCUUGAUGCUCUACUGGCGCUUCAGACACUGCUGCAGGCGGGGAGCCUACCCAGGGACCAACUCGUGGCCGUCAAGAGCCGAAUAGAUGACCUCUCCGUAAGAGCGCGCGGAGCCGCCGCCGUUGCCGCUCCUCCACCAGCACCUGCCUACACCCCCACGCCUCCUAUUGUUGUGCCUCCGAUAGCGCCGCCGCCGCUAUCUGCAUCAGCACCACCACCCGCCACUGCCGGCACGCCACUCUCAUUAGAUGCCCUGCUCGGCCAGGGCGCACUCGCCGCCUUGUUGGCUAGAACCCCGCAGCAGGCCGUAGGAGUGCCACCAUUGCCGUUUGUACCCCCUGUUGCGACGCCACCGGCCAGCCUUGUUGCGCUCCGCUCGCCGCCGCCGCAGGCACCCCCUGCUAUUCCGCCGCCUACGGAUGCCUCGGCUCUUCUGGCCGCCCUGCGCAGCAAGGGAAUAUUAUCAGGAGGGCCUGUGCCACCUGUCGUUGCGCCAACGCCGGUGUCACACGCUCCGGGACUGCCGAGCGUCAUUGCGCCCCUGGCGGCGCCUGCCCACGUCGAGACGAUGGGCGAUAUACAGCUCACGACGAAUUCACUGAAGCAGCCACGCUUAUAUCUUGUGAACACCCUCUACGACGACCUUGGCAAGCCGUGCACGCAAUGCGGGCGGCGGUUCCGCAACGACGAGGCCGGCCGGGCUGCCAAGACGGCCCACAUGGACUGGCACUUCCGGGUGGCGGCGCGGAUCGCCGAGGCGGAGAAGAAGGGCCAGCACCGCAGCUACUACGUCGACGUGCGGGACUGGGUCGGGUCGCGCGAGGCGGUCGACAUGGACGGGCACGCGUCGCAGUCCCAGCAGUCGCAGCAGCAGCAGCAGCAGAAUCAACAACAGCAUCAUUACCAAGACCAAGGCCCACAGGCGACCGGAUCCAGGGGCAGGGGAGGCAUCGGCGGCAAGAGGUGGAUCCCCGUGCCGGACGCGGGCAGCAACGUCAACUCGGUCUGUCCUAUCUGCCAGGAGCGGUUCGAGCUCAAGUGGCUGGACGAGGCGCAGGAGUGGGUCUGGAUGGACGCUGUGAGGCCCGGCGGCGGAGAUAGGGUAUUCCACGCCAGCUGUCACAGCGAGGUCACGGGGCGAGGAGCGACGCCGACGCCGCCGGUUGGGAUGGUUUUGGGGAAGAGGAAAGCAGAGGAUGCUUAUGCUGGACGUAAAAUUAAAAAGUAUGACGACCUGGCGUAUUGAGGUCAAAAGGUCUCGCGGGAUGUUGUAUGACUUUGAAGAUGAGACGCAUAGAUCUAUGCGUUCAAAUCAGGGAAUUAUGAUGCAGUUUGGACCCGAAUCUUGGCAUGUAAUGAGCGUGAGACAAAAAUGCCACGACAGAUAGUUGGGAAAGGAAGCGCCAUACUUUUCAUGGGCUCCUCCAAAAGGGAAUGUCCAGCAUGGGAACUCGGGAAGCGUUUGCAAACCGGCUUACAAGUACGUGGAAAGUUGGCCUUUGGGGCCAUUGCUUGCCUACCUGGGCUGCUUCCUUAUUGCUAGUACGCAGAGGAAAAAAAAAAAAAAAAA